CAGUAGCAGUAGCAUCAUCAGCAGAAGCAGAAGCAAAAGCAACAGAGCAGUACAUCAUUGGCUGCUCUGAGCGGGUGUACAAAACAGGACGCGAGACCAGGACGAGACGGCCCCGGGCGUGUGUGCGUUGUGUGUGUGUGCGUCGGCCGUCUCAGUCAAUUUGAGGAGCAACAACAACAAUAACAGCAACAGCAACAUUAGUUGAUCUUAGCAAAAAAAAAAAACAAAACAUAACAAUAAUAUUAUAACAGAAAGCCGAUCACAACACUAACAACAACAACAAUAACAAUGUCAUCCAACGAACCACCGCCACGUUAUGAGCCCGCUGUGGAGCCCAUUAAUGGUAUUGUUCAACCACCGGUUGUACCACCACAGGAGCGACCGGGACGCAAUACAAAUCAAUUGCAAUAUCUUAUUAAAACCGUCAUGAAGGUCAUAUGGAAGCAUCAUUUUUCAUGGCCAUUUCAACAGCCCGUCGAUGCAAAAAAAUUAAACCUGCCCGAUUAUCACAAGAUCAUUAAGCAACCAAUGGAUAUGGGUACGAUUAAGAAGCGUUUGGAGAACAAUUAUUAUUGGUCAGCCAAGGAGGCAAUACAUGACUUUAAUACCAUGUUUACCAAUUGCUAUGUGUAUAAUAAACCCGGUGAGGAUGUUGUUGUUAUGGCCCAAACACUGGAAAAGGUAUUUCUCCAAAAGAUCGAAUCGAUGCCCAAGGAGGAGCUUGAACUGGAGCCGGUAACGGCGAAAGGUGGCAAAAAGAAACAACGUGCACCGGCCACACCCAAAGCGGCGACAAGCAGCGCCAGUGGUGGACUCGGUGGUGUAACAGCAUCUGGUGGUGUUGCUAGUAGCAGCAAUGCAACAACAGCAGCGUCAGCAACCAGUACACCAUCAUCUGGCAAAGCAGCGCAAUCCUCACAGCUGCCUUCCAUGGGCCUGCCACAAUCAGCGUCAUCGGCAGUGGCAACGCCAACGUCGGCAUCAGCGGCUGCAAAUGCCCGAACGGUUAGCGCAAUUGGCGGCAUGGUUUCAUCAACGGCCGGAGGCGUUGCACCGUGCAUACCACCGAUUAGCACAAUGCCACCGCAUACGGUGCCAGGCAGCACGAAUACAACGACCACGGCGAUGGGUGCGACGGGUGCUGGGGCAGCGAAUGCGGCACUAAAUGCGGCCAUGGCUAGCCUUUUAAAUCCUGCGCAGAGUGGCGGUGCCGGCUAUGGAGCCGGUGCCCAAGAAACUCCCCUUUUCAACAGCUCCAUGCUCGAUGACAGAAACGCUGCGGCGGUGGCGGCAGUAGCACAAUCGGCAGCUGUCGUGGCUCAAGCAGCGGCAGCAGCAGCAGCAGCGGGUGCUGCAAGCGGAGGAGGAGGCGCUGGAAAAGGAGUGACAAUACCAACGGCUGCCGUGAACGCCGCCAACGCGGUGCAGGCCUAUGUGAAUAGUACGGCGGGUGUGGGUGUAGGCGUUGUCGAUGCUGUGAUACCACCACAACAGCCGGCUAAAAUGAAGAAGGGCGUCAAACGGAAGGCAGACACCACAACUCCCACAGCGAACGCAUUCGAAUCGCCCUAUGCCCAAAUGGACUCCAAAGCGGCCAAAAUAGCGACGCGGCGGGAAUCGAAUCGUCAGGUAAUUGGCAAGAAGGAUCUUACAUUCCAGGGCUCGGGGUAUCCAAUGUCACCAUUGGGUGUCGCUGGUGUGCCUGGUUUGGUUGCCGGCGGUGCCGUUGGCGGUGUGGCGGGUGCCAAGUCCAAGGAGAAACUAUCGGAUGCACUUAAGUCAUGCAACGAGAUACUCAAGGAGUUGUUUUCGAAAAAGCACUCCGGCUAUGCAUGGCCCUUCUACAAGCCCGUGGAUGCUGAGCUGUUGGCACUGCACGACUAUCACGAUAUCAUCAAGAAGCCAAUGGAUUUGGGCACCGUCAAGCGUAAAAUGGACAAUCGCGAAUAUAAAAGCGCGCCGGAAUUUGCGGCCGAUGUGCGAUUAAUAUUCACCAACUGUUAUAAAUAUAAUCCGCCAGAUCAUGAUGUUGUUGCCAUGGGACGCAAACUGCAGGAUGUAUUCGAGAUGCGCUACGCUAACAUACCCGAUGAGCCGGUUGCGAAUGCGGCCCAUCAUCAUCAUGGCUACACGAGCACCUCCAAGCACGAUGCAAGCGAUUCAUCCAGCGAGGACUCCAGCGAUACCGAAAACGAGUCCAACUCCGAUGAGGAGCGCAGCGCAAAGCUAAAAAUGCUCGAGUCCAAGCUGCUUGGCCUGCAGGAGGAAAUCCGUAAGCUGGUCGAAGAAGCCUCCGCCAAAAAGAAGGCCAAAAAGAAACUCAAGGAGAAAAAGAAGAGCUUGGGCCCAGCCAGCGCCAGUGGCGGCGGUGGUUCCCAUCAUCAUCAGCAUGCACCAAAUGCUGGCAAUGCAACACACGGCGGCGUCACAAUGCCCGCCAAUGUGGCAGCCCUCAAUGCGGGCGGAGCUGCUGGCGCCAAUCUGUCAGCGCUGUUAAGCGGUUCACUGGUGGGUGCUGGCGCUGCUGGUGUGGCAGGCGGUGUCUCCGGAGCGGCAGCAUUACAGCAUGCCCACGACAUGGCCUUGGCUAUGAGCCAGCUAACGGGCGGCGGUGCCGCAGCUGGAGCGGGCUAUGCAACUGGAGUGAAUGCAGCGGGCGUUGCUGCUGGUGGUGGUAAAGCGGCGGCUGGUGCAUUGGCUGGCGCACUGGCAGCUGGAGCGGCUGCUGGUGCUGGCGGUGCUGGCAGCGGUGGCGGCGGCAGUAAAGGUGCUAAGUUGAAGGGACAGCGCGGCACAAAGGGCGGUGCGGGCGUGGCAGCUGGCGGUGCAGCGGGCGGUGCAGCCGGAGCUGGUGCAGCCGGUGUCGGUGCGGGCGCUGCUUCCGGCGGCGGUAGCGGCGGUGGCAGUGGUGCCAAUGCGAAACGCGGCAAGAGCAGCAGCAGUGCCGGUGCUGGAGCUGGUGGAGGCGGUGCUGGUGCCGGUGGUGGUGCCGGUGCGCGCGGCAGCAGUAAAAAGAAGCCCAGCCAGGUGAUGAAUUUCGAUUCGGAAGAGGAAGACACCGCCAAGCCCAUGUCCUACGAUGAAAAGAGACAGCUCUCGCUGGAUAUCAACAAGCUGCCAGGUGACAAACUGGGACGUGUGGUUCACAUCAUACAAAAUCGGGAGCCAUCGCUGCGCGACUCGAAUCCGGAUGAGAUUGAGAUCGAUUUCGAGACACUAAAGCCGUCGACGCUGCGCGAGCUUGAAAGCUAUGUGGCGUCGUGUUUGCGCAAAAAAACACGUAAGCCAUAUUAUAAAAAGCCUUCCGGUAAAUCGAAAGAUGAGCAAAUGGCCGAGAAGAAACAGGAACUGGAGAAACGAUUACAAGAUGUGACCGGCCAAUUAGGCGCUAGCAAGAAAACGGCCAAGAAAGAUGAGACCACAUCGAGCAAAGUUGAAGCUGUGCAGCCAGCAAAUCCUGUGUCGUCUAGUUCAAGUUCCAGCGAUUCAUCGUCCUCAAGUUCGAGUGAUAGCAGUUCGAGUGACUCGAGCGAUAGUGAAGCAGGUGAUGGUGACGAGCGGCCACCACGCAAGAAAAAAUCACGUGAUUCGAAUGGAAGCAAUGUAAAUAAUAAUCCAAACCUGGCUGCCAACUUGCUCAGCAAUAUGCCUGGUAGUGGUGGCAGCUUAGCGCCGAGUGUGCAAAUGCAAAUGCAGCUGGAUCAGGUGGAUCAGAUGCUGUCGGCUGCGGCGGCGGCGGCAAACACGCCCACAUCACAAAUGACUAACCUUCUGGGCAAUGUUAAUCCAAUGGCCGCGGCGGCCAUGCUGAACAACAACAAUAAGACAGCAUCCACGGGCGGUUACGCUGGUGCCGCUGCUGCUGUGGCCAAUAUGUUGCACGCGCCGUCGCAUCAUAAGAAUGGGCUAUCAGCUAACGAAUUGCUUGGCAAGACGUCCGGUGGUGCAGCAGCUGCUGCUGGAUUGCCACCGCAUGCCUAUGGCGGAUCAGUAGCAGCAGCAGCAGCAGCGGCAGCGGCAGCAACGGGUGCAACGCAGCCGGGCAGUAUUGGUGGCAUACGCAUUGCGAGCAAUCUGCACAAGCAGCCGGAGUUAAGUGAUCCUCAUGCGGCACUUACGGCUGCCUUGGCAUCAAACGCCAACAAUAACAACAACAACAACAACAGUAGUAACAGUAACAACAACAAUAACAAUAACAACAAUAACACUGGCACACACAACACUGGUCCAUUGGGUGUGGGCGUGAAUGAAGCAUUAACUAGCGAGUCGUUGGCCGCGGGUCUCAAGCAAAUACCACAGUUUGAUGAUCCCGUGGAGGAGUCGCUGGCAUCGAUGGAGAAUAGCGCCUUCUCCACUGGCAAAUCGUCAUUGACGGAUAACUUUUUAAUGACCCACCAGGCGCAUCUGAUGCAGCAGCCAGGCAAUCAGCAGCAACAGCAGCCACAGUUUGCUUUACAGCAGCAACAACAGCAACAACAACAGCAGCAACAACAGCAACAACAGCAGCAGCAGCAGCAACAACAACAGCACAUGGAUUACAUGACGGAACUGCUGACGAAAGGUGCUGAGAAUAUGGCUGGCAUGAAUGGAAAUCAUCUGUUAAAUAAUAGCAUAUUCAAUUUGGACUUGGCAGCAGCAGCAUAUCAACAGAAACAGCAGCAACAGCAGCAACAUGGGCAACUCGCUCACCAGUCGCAGCAACAGCAGCAGCAGCAACAACAACAGCAACAAGCGCACAAUAAUGGCUAUAAUGUGCCUGACUUUAGCGGCAUGCCGGGCUUUGAUAAUCUUACUAUGACACCAUCAUCAAUACUCGACCAUGUGGGGCCAAUGGCAGCGAUGCUAAUAGGCAAUGUGCCCGGCAAGCUUAAAGAUGGUGAUCAACAACAACAACAACAACAACAACAACAGCAGCAGCAGCAGCAUCAACAACAUCUUCAACAGCAGCAGCAGCAACAACUGCAGCAGCAUUUGCAGCAGCAGCAACAACAACAACAUCACCACCAUCAGCAGCAACAACAACAUCAUCAUCACCAACAACAACAACAACAACAACAACAAUUGGCUCAGCAGCUACAAAGCAGCCAGUCGGCGGCCAACAAAAUGUUGAUAAUACCGAAACCCAUCGAGUCUAUGAUGCCCAGUCCGCCCGAUAAGCAACAAUUGCAGCAGCAUCAAAAAGUGCUGCCGCCACAGCAAUCGCCCUCCGAUCUAAAGAUGCAUGUUGGUGGUGGCAUCAAUGCAAGCAAUGCGCAUGCCGCCGGCUUUGCGCAGGGCUUCAAGAUGGUUGAGCAGAAUCUAAAGAAUGCCAGCUCGUGGUCAUCACUGGCGUCGGCCAGUUCGCCUCAGAAUACGGCGACGACAUCGAGCAAGGCUAAGCCGGCCAUGGACUCGUUCCAGCAAUUCCGUAACAAAGCCAAAGAACGCGAUCGUCUCAAGCUGCUCGAAGCGGCUGAAAAGGAGAAGAAACACCAAAAGGAGGCUGCCGAAAAGGAGCAGCAACAACGCAAGCAUCACAAGUCCUCCUCAUCGUCAUCAUCAUCCUCGUCGGCUGCUGCCGCUGCUGCUGCAGCAGCAGCUGCUGCCACACAAGCUGCUGCUGUAGCCGCAGCUGCCGCUGUGGCAGCCACUGCUGCUUGCGGUGCCAACAACAACACCAGCAGCAGCAACAGCAACAACAAUAACAACAACAAUAACAGCAACAACAGCAGCAGCAGCAGUAACAAUAACAACAACAACAGCAACAAUGCCGGCAACGCUUCAACACAGUCCGUGACGCAGAGCAGCGGCGAACGAGAGCGGGGCAAUAAUGCCACAGAUGCAUCUCGCGUUGGCAUUGGUCUUGGUCUUGGCCUUGGCAUGGGUAUCGGCGGCAUUGGCAGCGGUGGCAGUGGUGGCAACAACAGCAGCAAUUCGGUCAACAGCAACGGACCCGGCAGCGCUGGAAGCGGCGGCAGUGUUGGCGCUGCCGGUGGCACAAAUAGUGGUGGCAGCGUCAGUGGCGGCAGUGCUCUCAUCAAUGUUAGCAGCAAUAGCAACAGCGGCGUCGGAAGUGGUGCAGCUAGCAGUAACAGCAAUAGCAGCUUAAGCGGGGUCAUUGGUGCCACUGGAUCCAAUAGUCAAGGUGGCAACAGCGGUGGUGCUGGUGCUGUUGGUGGGGUUGCUGGUGUUGGUAGUGUGGGUAGUGUGGGUGGCGUCGGCAGUGGCGUUGGUGGUACUGCAACAAUUGGUGGCACUACGACCGGCAAUGGACACCAGACGACCAGCAAUGCACAGGCACAACAUGCAGCAGCAGCAGCGGCGGCAGCGGCAGCAGCAGCACAAGUUACAGCAGCGGCAACAGCUGCUGUCCUUGCUGCCUCACCCCUGGGCGCCAUGGAGAGCGGGCGCAAAAGCGUGCACGAUGCACAGCCACAGAUAUCGCGUGUGGAUGACAUCAAGGCGUCCCCAGGUCAGGGUCAGAAUUCACCGGCACAGCAAUCGCCGCAGGAUCGUGCGGCUGCUAAACGUGCCGAGCAACGACGAGCGGAGCAGGAGAGACGCAGACGCGAGGCGCUGGCUGGCCAAAUUGACAUGAAUAUGCAAAGUGAUCUAAUGGCUGCCUUUGAGGAGACUCUGUAGGCAACGGCAGCGACGGCUGUGUCGUCCCCCAGCAAAAUCAACUGCAAAUCCUCAAGCGUUGCCAUCAAAUUGCAGACGACGCAUAAGCGGAGAUCGCAUGGCAAAGAGCAACGCAAAUAAGAGUAACAGUUUAAGUAAAGUGAAAAUAACAGGAAAUGUAGCAGUAGCAGUAGCAGUAGCAGCGAACAAGGCAAACAAGGAGGGUGCGAGAGUGACAACAGCAUGCAUAUGGCUAGGCUGGCACUACAACAACAACAACAACAACAACAAGAACACAAAGAAGAACAACAUCAACAUCAACAUCAACACCAACACAAAGAACAUCAAUAAUAUACAUACAUAUUAGACCAGCAACAACAACGGCAACAACGACGACAAUUUAACAACAAUUGUUAAACAUAAGCAAUGUUUUAAGUAAUUACACUUACAAUUACGAUUACAAUUACAAUUUAUGAUUACAUACAUAGAAUGCAUAUACGUACAUACUUCACUUAGCGAGUAUAUACCAAUAAACAUGUACAUAUGCAUGCGUAUGUGUCUCUAUAUGUAUUAUGUAUAGAGUGUAGCAGAAGCACAGACAACAAUCAACAACAACAACAACAAACGGUAACAAAACUAACAAGGCAUAUUUCCUUUGGUUAUACAAAAAAAAAAUAAACAGUUCGUUUUUUUAUAAUUAUUUUUAAUAUAUUAUUAUAUUAUAUAUAGAAAUUGUAAUAUUGAUUAUUGAUUUGUAGGCUUUUAGGUUCUAAUUCUAUGAUAAUGAACAACCAAUACAAUUUUUUUUUUUUUUUUCUUUAGAAUUGUUAACUAAUUUAAACUUUUAAGUGCAUAUACAAACCGACAAAUCCAAUUUUUAAACAUCAAAAAUUAAAUGUAAUAUACUCUGCACACGCAUACGCACAAUAAAUGUGUAUGUGUGUGUAGGAAAAUUUGGCUGUUGCGUUCCCACAACACAGAUACACCGCCUGCCACACAUGCGAGGACAGUAAACAAAAA